AUGAGACUGGACGCCACCGAUCUCCGCUACAUCAGUGCCGAUGAGUUCCGUGUACUCACCGCAGUCGAAAUGGGCUCCAAGAAUCACGAGGUGGUCCCUUCAAAGCUCGUCGCAGAGCUCUCCCAGAUCAGGGGCGGCAAUGUCAAAAAGUCUCUUGGCGAACUUGCAAAGCGCAAUUUGGUCGCCCGCGUCCAAAAUGUCCACUACGACGGUUAUAGACUCACUUAUGGUGGACUCGACUAUCUCUCUCUCAGGACCUUUUCUCGAAGAAAGCUCCCGAGUGUCCACUCUGUGGGUUCCAAGAUUGGUGUCGGCAAAGAGAGCGACAUUUACGUCGUGGCGUCUGAGGAAGGCGAGAAGCGAGUAUUGAAAUUGCACCGACUCGGAAGAAUCAGUUUCCGAGCCAUCAAAAGCAAGCGAGACUACUUGGGGAAGAGGAAGAGCGCAUCUUGGAUGUACAUGAGCCGCCUGUCUGCUCAGAAGGAGUUUGCGUUCAUGAAGGCGCUUUACGAUCACGGCUUUCCAGUCCCUACACCCAUAGACCAAGCGAGACAUUGUGUUGUCAUGUCGCUCAUUGAUGGCUACCCUUUGCGCUCAAUAGAGCAAGUUGACGAUCCUGCCGAACUCUUUUCCAAACUCAUGGAACUCAUCAUGCGUCUUGCCCAAGCAGGUCUCAUCCACGGCGAUUUCAACGAAUUCAACAUUAUGCUCUUGCGAAAGACUGGCGAGCCUAUCGUCAUUGAUUUUCCCCAGAUGGUCAGCACAAGGCACGAGAACGCUGAGUACUUUUUCCAGCGAGACGUUAAUUGCGUGCGACGUUUUUUCAAAAGACGUUUCCGAUACGAAGCCUUGUCUUGGCCGACCUGGAAAGAUGUACUUGAGACUGAAGAGGAAAUCGAGCAGCCACAACCUGCCGCGGGCGAGGUCGAAGGUGACGCUGAAAGCCAGGCCGUGGAGUCGCAGCCAAAACGAGUCCGGAUCGAUCUGGAAGUUGAAGCGAGUGGCUUCGGGCGGGCCAUGCAGCGUGAGCUUGAGGAUUACAUGAUCGAAGUGCAGGACAUACCUCUUAGUGAUGAAGAAGACGAAGAUGAUGAUAGCGAAGACGAGGACGAGGAUGAAGGCGAGGACGAGGACGAGGAAGGCGAGAAAGCUGUCGAUGAGGGUAUGAAGGACGAGGAACCUCUUGACGAAGCCGCUAUGGCCGCUCGUCUCGAAGCCCUGCGUUUACAUCGCGCUCUCGGUAACGACUCUUCGGGUGAAGAGGCCACCGACUCCGACCACUCCCUGACCGACCCCUCAUCUGAGUCCGACUCUGAAGACUCUGACGACUCGGUCGGCCCCGCCCGAACGGACUACACCUCUUACACACCUUCCGCUCGCAACACGCGGCGCCACCAUGAGCGAAUUUCAGCCAGUAAACUUGGCGACAGGCAGGCUGGGAAAGAUGCGGUGGCUCAGCAGGUAGAAAGGGAGAGAAAGCUGGUGGAGAGGAGGUCUCAGAAGAGCGGGGCGAAGGUGGGCAACAUGAAGGGGCACAAGUGGAAGUCGAAUGCCAAGUAUCUCGUAGGCAAGGACAGUGGAUGGUAG